CCACGCCCCCGCGCCAUGCGGAAGGGCCCCGGUGGCUCCCGCCGGGCCCGGGCCGCGGGUUCGGGGCCCGGUCCCGGCCCGGUGGCGGUGCCGGUUCCGCUGCCGGGUCCCGGGCUCUGCCCGCGGUCGCGCCGCUGUCCCCGACCGUUGCUGCCGCUCCUGGCGCUGGCGGCUGCUGCCGCCGCCCUCCUCUACGUCGCAUGGCCCGGCGGGGAACGGGGCACUGGCCCGCCCCCCCCCGGCCCUCCCCCGGAGCAGGCUCUACGGGCGCUGCUGGGGCAGCUGGAUCCCACCCGCCUGCGGGACACCUUCUUGCGGCCCCUCCUGCGAGAACGGGUGCCAGGGGGGCCUGGGAGCCGCGCUGCCCGCCAGCACAUCAUGGGGUGCUUGGGUGCCCUGGGGGCUGCCUGGCACCUGGAGCUUGACGCCUUCGAAGCGGUGACUCCCCGGGGACCAGUGACCUUCACCAACGUGGUGGCCACGGUCGCCCCCGCCGCCCCCCGCCGCCUGGUCCUCGCCUGUCACUACGACACAAAGAUCUUACCCCCUGGUCCCGGCAAGCAGCUCUUUUUGGGGGCCACCGAUUCGGCCGUGCCCUGCGCCAUCCUCCUGGAGCUGGCAGCUGCCCUUGACCGGCCCCUGCGGCGCGCCAAGGACAGGAUGCCUGGGUCCCCCACCCGUUGGACGCCCGGGUCCCAGCAGGGCGCAGAAUUGACGCUGCAGCUGCUGUUCCUGGAUGGGGAAGAAGCUUUCGGGGACUGGAGCGUCACUGACUCCCUCUAUGGCGCCCGGCACCUGGCGGCACGUAUGGCGGCCACCCCCCACGGGCCACACGGCACCCAGAUCACCACCAUGAGCAGCGCCUGCGGCAGCUGGGGCUGCUGCACGUCCUCCCCCAGGACCAGCCCUUCUUCCGCCUCAGCCCGGCCCCAGGACCUGUCGAGGAUGACCACGUCCCCUUCCUCCAGCGAGGUGUCCCCGUGCUGCACCUUAUCCCCACGCCGUUCCCACGUGUAUGGCACACGCUUGAGGACACCGAGGACAACCUGCACCCCCCCACCAUGGAAGCCCUGUGCAAGAUCCUGGUUGCCUUCGUGGCCGAGUUCCUGCAGUUCUGAGCCCUGCCGUUACCCGUCACUCCCAGCCCGCACCCGCUGGGGACUCUGGGCUGUGCUGGGAGCCAUCAGUAAAGUGCUUGGUGACCAGUGCCGUGUCCUGUGCCGUCACCUGCCACGGGGACAGCUGUGGGGCCAGGGACACGUGAUGCAUGGGGACAUACGGAGACACAUAAUGGAGAGCCCAGGGAGCACUAUUAGGAUGAUGGGGGGGGGGGUCCCAGGGAGGUGUAUUUGGGUCCUUAGGGACCCCCCAGGAGCACUACUCAGGCCACAGGGGAAUCAACCAUAGUAGUGCCUGGGUCCC